CAAAAGAGUAUUCUUGGCUUCAAAUAGCCUGCACAAGGACUACAGUAUUUGACAACUUGCUCUCUCUUUCUCUCUUAACUUGAACAACGGGCACUUUAAUUCCAGGAAUCUCGGCCCUAAUCUUCAAUUGAAAAGGAACAAAGGCCCGUAUCGGCAUGAAAUUAAAAUCCACCACUAAAUAAGACUCAUCUCUCCACUUUAAUUUGCGAACCGGUCCCGUUUUUGCAUGAAUAAUUGUCAUGUACCUUGGUACAACGGCUGCAAUGCAUGAUCUUCCCUGCGUCUCUUUUUCCCCAGCUUAUAUGUAUAUGAAUGUGUAUAAUUAUCAUUUGAAUCAAAUCAACCUCUAAUCAACGUUUUGUUCAUGCCCCCCUUUGUCUUUCUCUCUCAACCAUGCUAACAUUUUAAAUGAUAACGACAACACAAGGAUACCUUUAAUAUUCAUAUAAAACACACAUAGAUAGACAUGGGUCUAUUAUCCAGACUAAAGAGCCUUGAUGGCUUCUCACAAAAACCUUUACAAGAAAAAGAUGCAAAUACGGGCACAAGAUCAAAUAAAAGCAUUCAAACAACUUCAACUCAAUCAUCCAAUGAAGGUGUAAGGAUUACGGGUCGAUCGAGUAGAAGAGGAAGUGAAACAGCCAAAUCAAUAUCAUCUUCAAUAACCGGUCAAAAUCACAAUUCGCCGAGACCAAAAUCAGUAAUACCAAAAGCACAAACUGAUCAAACAGUCAAACAUCAUACCCGAAAGAGAUCACUAACAAAUCCAAACGUGCCAACUCAAAAUCUACUACCACAAUCAAAUAAGAUCGAAUCUGGUCUUCCUCUUCCAUUGAAAGGAAAUCAAACAAGAUCAUAUGAAGAGUACAAGCAAUCACUUACAUAUGAGAGUGCUCCUCAAUUCUCAAUGCAUCUCCAUAGAAAUCAAAGAAAAGAGUCGAAUGGAAGCAUACCAUCAUUAAACGCAACUGGAACAACGUCCGGAACACCAUCGAGUAUGAUCGAAGGUGAAGUAGUAGAGAGCAGCACGUUCCCUACGUCAGGAUCUUUGAUCACUUCAAGUUUACGAUCGACCGAUCUUGAUUCGCCUAGGUUGUUCAGUGGUUCAUGGCAUUCUCCCAAUCCUGGAGCUCAAGCCAACAAUGGCACUACGAUGGAUUACGAUGAUGAAGGAAUGGCAGAAGAGAUUGUUGAAGAUACACAACAAAGUAGUAAUGAUACAUUUUAUGCAAAGACGACAUUGGAUCAUAAUGCCGAAUCUUCUUCUUAUUCAACUGAUGUUGAUUCAAUAUCGCAAAGCAAUCUCAAUAAAGCAAAUUUGGGUACACAUACCUUACGUAAAGCCAGCUCACGGUUCAAGAGUGGCUUCAUGCGUUCACCAAAGAGACCUUCAACGGCAGAUGCUUCGAUGGUUCACAGAAAACCGACAUCGUGGGAUUCUGUGCGAAGAAGGGAAUCUCAUAGUAUCUGUCAAUCUUCCGAAGAUAAAAGUGUUGAUUCAGGAGGUUUGCGUGUUGGGGUUCCAAGAAAAAGUAUAGAUUCAAUCACGAGUACGUUCAGUAUCGGAAGUAGGAAUACGAUGACAAGAUCCACAACUCUUGCUCCACCUCAAGCAGCGGUCGAAUCGAAAUUGCCUUUACCUAAUCAAGAAAUGAGUAAGGAUGAGCAUCCUUCACCCACUGCACCACCACCACGACAAAGAGUUCGUGCUUCGUCUAUCACAUCUUCACACAGUGUCAAAGCAGUCAUUCGUGCAACUUUGUCCCGUCCAACGUCACGCGGAGGAUCACAAAACAAUCAUGAAUCGUCAAGUCCGCUCGUCAGUCCAAAAAGUCAAAACGUGGAGUUUGUUCCGCAGAAUAACGGACAAACAUAUUCUCCUGCUUUGAACUCACCUUCGCCUCCUUCUCAACAACAAAGCAGAUCGAUUCAAAUGAGACAGAAACAAUUGGCUGAUCAAGCAGGAUCAUUCAAAGGUGAACAAGAGAGAAUAAUAUUGAGAAAUCCGGGUUUCGAAAAGUCCUCUCUCACACCUGCUCCACGUAAACGAUCCAAAUCAAGAACGUACAAAAAUUCAAACGAGUUUGAUAAAUCGUUUGAGAGAGCCGAACCCGUUCCUGAAAUACCAUCGCAAUAUCGUGAUGAAAGAAGGUCAAGUAUUGCAACAACAUUUUAUUCGGAAGAUCAUGCGAACGAAUCAAUACCUUCAAGUGAAGAAUGUGAUUCGAUCGAUCAUACAUCAUCCAACAAUGAUGAUUUUCCCGGUUUUAGAACUUCGAUUUCUACUUCUACCACUUCUGCUCAACAACAUACCCCGCAGUCAUCCAUCAGUGGAUCAUCGAGUAUGGCACAAUCAAAUCCCAACGAGAAGCAAGUAGGAGGAGUCCGUGAAAGUUUAAUGCCGCGUACUUCAUCCUUUACUCACACUCAACAAGACGGUAGUGAGAGAUCCUUACAUCCUCCCACAACAUGGAAAACGCAAGCGAUCGAUACUAAAUUUCAAUUGCUUACACCUGAAUCUUUCAGCUCUUCACGUUCAAGGUUACGUGAAAUUCAAAAUCUUUCUUCUGGUGCUUUGAGAAUACAUAGCGCUUGAUUGCAUUUCAUUUAUACACUAUAAUCAACACUCUUUCAACUCAUCUGUACAAUCUCUCACUUCUUUUUGCAUCG